CGGAACACGCCGGAGCGGCAGUCCCUUCUGGUGCGUGCGUAGGAGAACGUCUCUUUUUCGACCGGUCACAAGAGAGAGAGAGAAAGAGAAAAAGAGAGAGGGAGUGCGUAAAUCUGACGUUUCGUUAUCAUUUUUCGAAUUGUCUUCGAUGUCACGGGUUCCGAUAUACUUUGAUCAUCGUGUCGUCGCGCGUGAUCGUUGAUAUUUAUUGGUUAUAUUCAUCGCAUCGCGUGUUUUCUUUCGCCGGUAGUGUUAGGAGUGCGAUAUAAACAGUGCGUUUUUCGAAUCAUUUUCAAGUGUAUCGCGUUGUGUCGCGUUAUUUUCGACAAUCUGUUCUCAAAGAUUCGACGACAAUGGUUUGAAAAAUUGUUUCACUCGAGAUUUGAUAAAAAGAAGAAUCGAAAAAGAUAGAGGAGGACAGAAACGGACUAUUUAACGCUCCUAAUAAUAGCCAGUGCGCGUUCGUACGCGAGUAUACUAAGCGCCUAUAAAUACACACCUACCACGGCCCGCGGAAACACGAGCCCGUGGAUUUCACGGUGCAACCUGCCACGAAGAGAUAGAAAAGACGCGAAGUCGAAGGGAAAAGAGGGAGGAUAAUCUUGAAGGAGGGCGCACCUGGCGCUCUAAGAGAAACUUGCCAUAAUCGGAUCUAGUCGGAGGCAGUAACGCAAGAUAAUCGCGCAACACGCGAGAUGAAGAAACUAUAGAAAAAGAUAAACGUGCCAGAGAAAGAGAAAGAGAGACUGUGAAUCAACCCACUGGCUGCUAGUUACAUAUCAGCCUCUGAAAGCAGAUUAGAGAAUAACCUGCAGCUGGAGUGUGAGAUUUUAUUAUUCCACGGAGUGUAUCCUUUCUUUUACUCUCGUAACACGAGAAACGUCUCGUUGGAAUUCGUCGGCAGCCAAGCUUGCAGCAAGUCUACCAGCAGUAGACUAAAAAUAUCCCCUUCCUGCAUAUUCUGACGCGUUUAUACCGUCACAAGUGUGGCGCGUUCUUCCUUUGUGUUGCUGUUAUAAACUCUUCAACCCUCUGCUUUCUCUCUGUGCUCAAAAAUACACGACCACUUUAUUCCACUAACUACUUAGUUUUGUCUGAUCGAAAGAGAAAAAUCUUUAUAACAAUAUAGUUUCUCCAACUAUAUAUCUAGACGCUAGCGAACGUGUUCGUUGAUUCGACUACGGUGAAAACGCACCGAGAGAAGGAUGCCUCGCAGAAAAUUGUACGUGAAGAAGCAUCGUGGAUGACUAUCGAAAGGUAUGAAGAUCGUUGAUAAGUUCAUUACCGCCGGUGGCUCGUACGCAGCUGAAUAUCCGCCGUCGGAACGAUUCUUGAAAGAAUCAAGCCUCGUCCGUCGGCUAAACGACCAGUGGGCCGCGGAUUUUUCACAAGUGGUUAAUAAAGAAUAUAAUUCUAUCGCGUGGUAAAGAAAACGAAAAAAGAAUAAGAAAAUAGUGAGUGAAACGAAGUGCACGGAAGAAAAGUGGUCCACGGUGGAGGGUGGAGGGAACGGAGUACAAGGGGUCGCCGUGGGCCCCGGAGAUGAUGCGAUGAUGGCCUACGGAGGAACCACCGGAAACGGAGGUGCAAUGGGACCUUCUUCUGGUGGUACAGAUGUUUUGGGCUCGACUGGUGAUUACAGUCCACAAGGGACACCGACACCACUCACGGGACACACUGCCGGACCCGUUGAAGCAACUACCUACGGUCCUGGAACGGGACCAGCGAGUUAUAGCCCCCAAGACAGUCCUGCGAGCUCUGCCGGCGGUGGUAGCGGUAGUAAUGGACAACUUCCCAGCUUCGGAUUUACGCAGGAACAAGUCGCAUGCGUUUGUGAGGCGAUGGUGUCGUCUGUCCAGGUUCUCCAACAGGCAGGCUCUGUGGAGAGGCUUGGCAGGUUCCUGUGGUCCCUGCCAGCGUGCACUAGGUUGCAUCGUCACGAGAGUGUGCUGAAAGCUAAGGCGAUUGUCGCCUUCCAUCGGGGCCACUUCAAGGAACUGUACAGGAUUCUUGAGAGUCAUACAUUCAGUCCGCACAAUCAUCAGAAACUGCAAGCUCUCUGGCUCAAGGCUCAUUACAUAGAGGCCGAGAGAUUGAGAGGAAGGCCUCUGGGUGCAGUUGGAAAAUAUCGCGUUCGGCGUAAAUUUCCUCUGCCCCGUACUAUUUGGGACGGCGAGGAGACAUCUUACUGCUUCAAGGAGAAAUCCAGAAGCGUUCUGAGGGAUUGGUACGCUACUAAUCCUUAUCCUUCGCCUCGUGAAAAGCGAGAAUUGGCAGAAAGCACGGGACUCACUACUACGCAAGUCAGCAACUGGUUCAAGAACCGGAGACAAAGGGAUCGUGCAGCUGAACAUAGUGGGCAACGGGAAGACAAGACUCAUGGCGGAGGACUAGGUGAUUCGAGCAGCGAAAGUGGGGACGACACGAAGAGACAAGCGGUGAGCCAGCAGCAGCAACAACAGCCGUCCUCUUGCGUUGUUCAGCAACAACAGCAACAGCAACAGAUGGUGGAUCACCAACAGACAUCGGGCAUGUAUCAACUUCCUCCUCCGGUCUCGGUGUCCAGCCCUCACUCGUACCACCAAGGCCACGGCUCGACCUUGAGUCAUCCUCACACGCCGACGCACCACAUGCAGCACCACGAUACCGGAAGCGAGAGCGGCGACGACAAACGAAACCUUCAUCACCAGUUGCAACACCAUCUCCAGGUCGGUGCUCACGGUACUCAUGGCUUGGUACAUCCCACGGCGACCUUGCCACCACCGCCACCCAGCUGCGCCCAGCAGAAGAGCCAGUUGGACUAUAUGCAAUACUAUGGUCCACAGGAUUACCUAAUCACACCGACCUCGGCGGAUCUACAAAAGUCGCUCCCGCACACAGCCACGUCGAUGCAGAUGGGUGCUAUAGCUCCUUCCAUGGGCGGGCUGAGCCCGAUGGGUCCAUCGACCAUGCUCCCGAACACGAUGCAAAGCGUGAACACGAUGAACACUAUGUCGAUGAACGGGAUUGGAAUGGGCGCGUAUCAGGGAAUGGGCUCCAUGGGGAUGUCUACGUCGCACGGUAGUUUUCACAACGGGUUGGUGUUAGGCGAUUAUCACUCGUUGUGACCCUGGGCUCCGAGCGGUCAGAGCAAGAGAAAUCAAGAAAAAACUUAAAGAAAGGAACGAAAAAAGAAGAAUACGUGGAAACGAAGGAAGAAACUUUUUUUUCUUUUUCUUUUUUUUCUUUUUUUUUUUUUUCUUUUCUUUUGAUUCGCAAGGAAUCUGACUACGAAAUUACGCCUGUGAGAAUAUAAGAGAGGAAAGCGUAUUAUUUUCGAGACACGUCUGGACAUUUGGACUCGUCCAGGUUAUACUCGACUCGAAGAGUCUGCAAGAGUUAGUAAAUUAGGGGGAACGUUUUCUCGCUUUUUUUUGUGAUCGUACCAUUAAUAAUACUCGAUCGAAAACGUUCUCGAAUCGAACGAACGAACUCUUCCGUACUCGAGGAUUGUAAUACUAGGUGUAUACAUUAUCAGGCGACAUCAGUUACGAUUUUUCGUGGCGUCGAACGGAGAUUGGAAAUUGGUGAAAUCGUGUACCACGGAAGCAUCUCGAAUGUAAUAUAACGCCGAACGAAAUCCUCCCCGAAUUUUCUUCUAAGGAAGGUUUCUAGGGACGUUUGCGGAACGUUUGGAGUUCGGAUAAAGAGAAGAUUUUUGCCAGAUUUUGAAAGAUCCUGGAACCGAAGCGACCACAUCAUGCCUCGACUUUUUGAUCGCGACACAACGCUCCAGUCUUAACCGUCAUUUUCGAAGAGAGAAGAAAAGGGAAAGUUCGCUUGCCCGCACACACACACACACAAAAACACACACACAAGUAUACAUAACCGGCCACGAAUAUUGCCCUUCUAAUUUUUUUAGAAAGGAACGAUACACGGUAUAUAUAUAUAAUAUAACCAGGAAUAAUAGAAAAAAGGAGGAAAAUCGAGGCAGCGGGGGAACGCUUCCGGCGUGAAAAUAGCAAAAGACAUAUUAGCAUUUUCUUUUUCCUUAUUAUCCCAUAUCGCAAUCGCGACUCGACGCAAGACACAAAGUUGUUGUUAUACACUUUUAGAUACACAUACGCCGUAUAUUACAUUAUUCUCUUUUUUCUUUUUCGCGAAUUCAACAACCAAUCCUCUAUUAUACCCAUUCUAAUCUCGUAGCGUACCGCCCGUACCUAGGUCCUGAGAUGUAAGAGAAACACACGUUAUUUACGGUUACCAGUAGUCCGGCUUAGAUGGUACAAGCCUCAGAAUCUUCCUGGAUCUCGACGAACGCCGUGUGUUAUAAUCUUCGAUUAAUCUAAAGUCUUUCGUAAUUGGAUGAUGGUGUUUCAUAUUCGAUUCGGUUUUUAAAAAAGGAAAAAGGUAUUUUCCUUUUAUUUUAUUGAACGAAUAUUUAAAUUAAAUUUCAAUGAUAGAAAAACUCGAAUCGUUUAAUGCCUUCUACAUUACAUUGGAAAUAUUUUGUGCGCAGAAAAUUAAAACUUUAAACGAUCUUUGAUUCACACUGCCAUUAAUCAAACGUAUCUCGACUCGAGUUUCCAAUUUUAUUCCUAUAAAAUAUAAACUUUCCCGCAAGGAGAAAAGGAAAACGUGAUUUAACGUUCAUUUUUCUAAUAAACUAACGAAAAUACGUGGUAAUAACGUUAAUUGUUUCUUUCGUCAGCAAAUCGAAAGGAAGGGGAAAAAGUCGAAGUCCUCGAAACACCGAUUACUCCCCUUCCCUGUGGAAGAUGGAGAUGUUGUUUCAAAGAUUCAGCAUCACCGUGCGGAUCCAAGAUCUUCAAGGAUGAUCCCUGAGGCGUGUACGGAUCUCAGCCACCCGCUAAUUAAUUAACGUCGCUAUAACGAACCACACACGCUCUUCACCACACCGAUCCUCUCACACCGUACGCUUCUGUGUUUGUCCUGUGUACAUAUGUAGAUAAUACACACACUUUACAUCUUUACUUACACACACAUACACACACAUACAUUUACACGUAAACUUACACGUAAGUCAUAUUACACGUACACGCAGACGCACACACAAUUAUCAUACACACGCAUUCGAGAGAAGAUUAAGUUAAUCUCGUCUAAAGCUAGGCGAGUACCGGGUGUUUUUCGCGAAUCAGGCUCAAACUCACGAUUCAAUUUCACUCCCUGAAUACGCGAUUAUUCGAGAAACCUGCCCUUAUUUAUGGCUCACACCAAACGUCUCGUUUCUAUCGGUUCGCGAUCUUGCUGUUUUGUUCGUGUACAACGUGUUCAAUUCAGCCUCGUACGUAAAACACCGUGGUUGGGGGGAAAGGAAAAACGGAGAAUAAGGGGAGCAUAAACGUUGGUCGGUUUCACUCUCGUAAAGGUAUCUCUUCAUCGAGCCACGGUGAAAAAUGAUCAUUUUAAUUGGUACACGCGUGUCACGGCUGUUUAUAGACGGCUAGAUGCGUGUGCACUUACGGUGCAAAUCCAAACGGUAUGCAAAUUAGCGUGACCAAGGCAGCGCGAGCGGUAGGCGGAGCAGCUGUUUCCUGCCAGCCAAUUGCCGAGUGCCAAUCUUUUCAUCGCAAAUAGAAUCAGCAACACCUUUUCACAACACCGCUCUUCUCUGCCCCCUUGCAUCCCUUCCUCCCCUCCGCUCGUGUGCUAUCUCGUGUUAUGAAUCGUGUCGUUGACAGAUAUUGCUACGAGUUUCUGGAUAAUGACAAUUGGAUGCGGUUUAAUUGGGGGGAUCGUUGAAUUAGAGGUGAAUUAGAAUGUCUACGAGAUGUUUGUCGCAAGUUAACGUGUGUCAAUUAUUUCCGGUGAAGAUUAGAUGGUUCAGGAUUAUCCUCGAGUUAUUUUGUAAAAUAAAUGUAAAAUAAAUGUGCGUCUGUUUGUUAGGUCGUGCUCUACCUUGUGCGUUAUGAAUCGUGUCGUUGACAGAAAUUAGUAAGGAGGAUUAUUUCUGGGCGCAAGGAACCCGAGUGGUUUAAUUAGAAUUCUUAAAUCGCUGGGAAAUGGUCCAACAAAGUUUCAAAGUUUUUUAAAAAUUAUUGAAAUAUAUCGAAUAUUUCCGGCGAAUUUUAUAUCGUUAGGAUUAUUUUUUGUGAAUAUUUAUUUUAUGUAAAAUAAAUCGCGAAUAUUAUUUUAGCGAGAUGGAGAAAAUACGGUGAUGUGAAUGAUCGACGAAGAACUGUGAUUCGUUAAAAUCAACUUUUUAAUUCGGAAAGGGAUUUAUGAAAAAAGGGAUAAUUUUAUUUUUUUAAAAAAUUUCCAAUUUUAAAUUUUAAUUAUUCGUAAAUGAUUUCAAAUACUGGAAUAUUUAUUCAUUUUAUAUAUCGUGGAAGCGUGCAUAAAAGAAAAAAGGGAAAUGCGUGUCAAGUCUUAUUUAUUUUACGAGUAAUCAACACCAAAGAAAGUCAUAUUUUCCGAAUACAAUUUUCAAAACUACAUUUUAAACUACAUUUUAAUAUACUCGUUAAAUUCUUUUAUUUUUAUAUUCCAAAUCCAAGUUAGUUAUCCAAGUUGUUAAAAUCUAUCUCGAACUGAACAAUCGGUGUACACGAAACCAAACCAGCCUGACAUUAUAUAUAAAUCAAACGAGAAAAACAAGAGCCUUCGGGUUUUGCUUUUUCCUUUGAAAAGAAACACCCGGUAUAAGAUAAAAAAACACUGUCGUAGCGUAAGUUAGGCCGUAACUUAUCAUUUAUUCGCAGUUCGCAGUCUGUACAUAAGAGAAAAAGAAGAGCGAAAACUUCGAGUGCGAGAAACAAAAGUAAAAAGAGAGAAAAAGAGAGAGAAUGAGAAUGUGAUAGAGUAUAAACGAUAAGGAAUGAUUGUGAUACGAGUGAGAGAUGCUUGGCAAAAGAAUUGAAAAAUAGUGUGUAGCUGGAACGAAAACGGAGAAAUGAAGCGAGAAUGAGUUAUAAUCGUGGAAGUGACAAAGUUUACGUACACACACACACAUACACACACACAUACACACCACGGGGAAGAAGAGAAUGAGAAAUAAAAGUGAGAGUUUUAUCGGUUCUCUAUUUAAGGGACAUCUCUCGCGCAGAUGUUGGGAAUGCACUAUCUAUCGCGUUGGCUGCAACAUUGCCUUGUAAGAUUCUUAUCUAGGAUGAUGAUCAGGGGAAAGGAUUUUUCCCUUUUAGAAAGAAGUCGUCGGGACGAAACAGGGUAAGAGAAACAGUGGAGAGAUAGAAAGAGGGAAGACUUUGAACGAGGGAAAGAAAAAGAGUGAAAGAGGCGCUUUUAAGUAUUAUUGAUAAUCAUUUGCUUUUUUUUAUCGAUACUUUAAAUUUGUCCAGACUUAAUUGAUUGAUCGAUCAACACUAUCAAAUAUUCGCGCCACCCGAUAUAUACGAGAACAUCGCGACUGGUAGAGAAUCAAAAUUCUCCUUUUCUGAUCGUUUUUACUUUUAUUUUUUCUUUUUUAAUCGAAUCUAUCGAAUCUAAUGUAUUUUAAUGUAAAUUAUUAUAUUAUUUUUACCUUUCCAUUGAAUUUUCUCUCAAUUAUUGUACAAUUAGAAAUUCAAUAUUUUAAUGCAUUGCUUGCUAAAUUAAUUUUCCAUUGGAUGGAACAGUUUUCACUCUAAUUUUUAUAAUAUCGUGUAUUUUUACGUAUCGUGUAUCCCAGAAUUGUAUUAGGAGUUUUAAUCAAAUACACAUGUUUUUAUUUUUAUUUUACAGAUCCAAGUAAAUUAUUUAUUAUGAAAGAUAUGAAUUUAGAUGUAAACUUAAGAUGAUGAAGACGCAAGAAUCGAUUUAAUAAUUUCAUUUUCGCACAAAAUGGAAUGGCCAGAAUGGAACGAAUAUCAGAACACAAGCCUGUCGCUCUGUUCCUCGAUUAUAUCGACAUCCGUUCCCUUUUCGAGAUUUCUGUAGUCCGCCGACGAGCCGAACCGUUUUCGUGUUUUCGAUUCACGCACAAUCUACGCUUUGUACGAUAUACACGCGCGUAUACUCAUCGUCAUUCGGGGUGCACACACCAUUCGCGAUACAUUACGAAAAUGCACACAAGCGCGGAUUCAACCGAAAGAUUUCUUCUCUUUUUUUUCUUUUUUUUUUUUUUUUUUUCCAACUUCCGGGGAAAUCGUUUCCGUUCGAGGGAAACGUUUGUUUGAAAACGCUGUGAACGAACAAGCGGCACCUUUUAUAUUCGAUCAUGGCUUUUAUUAUAAAUUUCGAUCAAAUUUCCAAUAGAAAUAUAUAUAAUGUGUACAUAUAUAUAUAUAUUUUUAUACUUUCGAUCAAGGAUUUAUUUUUAUUAUAUUUUAUUAUUAUUCUCGAUCAACGAUGUUAUAAUGAUUAUUUAAUAUUUUUUAUUACGAGACACUUUUCGUUUGCACGAAUCGUGAAAUUUGUAAUUUGAAGAGAAAGUAAUGAAUUUUUUUUUCUGUUGAAUGAAUUUUCUUUUAUUUUGGUUCAAUUAAUAAUUUUUUAAAAAAUAUGUAGCGGUUAAAAAUAUUUGCAUGUAUCCCAUUUUUUAGAUUUCAUUUUCGUAUCAUCAUCAAAUUUUUAUUGUUACAUGAAACCGCUAAAAUAAUGUAUAUUUCGAUUUAUUUAUGAUUAAUGUACAAUGUUAUAAUGAAUAGAUCGUGUGCAGAUUUUUUGUAACCAUUGUAUGUACAUGGUAAACUCGAAACGUAUGAUCGUUCAUUUAUUACGUUCGUUUCGACGUUCACAGAGUUGGCUCUUUUAACUUUUAGAGACGUUUUGUCACUUUACCGGGCCAAGGCUGCCGAUGAAUCUCCCGCGGAUAUAAUUAGAUAAGAAUCGCUUGUCGCGCGGAUCAUCUGCUCCCAGAACGAUGGGACAUCUUGGCCUUUAAACGAAAAAGAAAAUCUUUCAAAAUCACUAAUAUUGCACGUAUAAUAAUUAUAAAUUCCACAAAUUGAUCUAAAGAAAAGAAAAAGGGGGGGGAAAAAAAAAUGAAAAUGAAACAUUAAACGAACAAAGCGCCACAAAUUAAAUCCAAAUCAUUAGAUUCAAUUUUAGAAAUGAUCGCAUUAAAACUUGCCAAACGUUGAAAAAAGUAUUUAUAUAACAAUAUCGUCAAAUCGAAAUAAUGUAUAAAUUUCAAACAUAUUUCAAAGUUUUCUUCCUCGAUUUGUAUUGGUCACUUGGACCAAAUCUUAGCACAAAUCUAAAUAGAUCCAUAAUUUACAAAGGGUAACUGUAGCAUACAGGAAGAAGAAGAAGAAGAAGAGGAGGAGGAGGAGGAGGAAUACACGCGUAGAAGAGAUAUUGUACCGGUUUUUCGAUAAAAUGUUUUAUGACGCAAGGACGAUUAUUAAUAACCGACAGUUCUUCCCAGAAGUUCUCAUUCGUGUAUUUUAGCGGACAAGUUUAACGUUGCACAACUAACUAAGACAAAUUGCUAAGAAUGCGAGUAUGUGCGAGUGAGAGAGAGAGAGAGAGAGACGGAUGAGAAAAUCUAAAGAAAAAUGUGAGAAAAAAUAUUGUAACGAAA